AUGGCAGAACAAGCAGGAGCAGAUGAGAUCGUUAAUGACAAUAAUGGAGAGGCUUUUGAUAUGAGGCGUGCUUUAACCGACCUAAACAAUAAUGUGUGUGUAUUGAAAAGUGUUUUGAUUGGAGAGAUAACAACCUACGAAGCGGACCCGCAAAAUCAAGCUGAUAAUUUUGCAUUCCAUCUUAACAUGUUUAACAAUGUUGCCGAUUCAUUGAAGCAGGAGGUUGACGCUUUAGAUCUCGAAUUGGGCAGCUAUUUUAUAUGGCUGCAAAAACCCUGCCCUGAAUACAUAGGAUACUGUAAUUCACUAGAAAACAUUGAUCUUAUUUUGGACGAAGCAAUUGAUUUAAUUUGGCAACAUUGGUUACCUGAUCUGGAAGAAAGAGUGGAGAGACAUAGGGAGAGAGAGAUAAGACAAGUGGUGGAAGAUCUAAGGAGCAUAAAAAUUUCAGGAGAUCAUCUUAAUGAAAAUAUUACGUGUGUUAUUUGUUUAUCUGAUUUUGAAGGGGCAGAAGAGGCGUGCCAGUUGCGUUGCCAUGAACGCCACAUAUUUCACAGGGAAUGUAUUGAAAAAUGGUUGAAGAGGCAAAAUCAGUGUCCCAUGUGCAGGGCCCCAGUAUUUUGGAGGAAAGUUGUUAGAGAUAGAGAGAUUGGUACACUUAGAGUUGCUCUUCACUUGAAUAAUUAG